AAGAUCUUUCAGAUUCUAAUUCUGAUUCUAAUUCUGAUUCUGAUCAAUCUUUUGUGUUAUAACACAUCACGAUCAGCAUUAAAUCGAUGUGAAAACAGUUAAGAGGUGUUUAACUCCGAAGGGAAACUGUAGUGUACAUGUUUAGACAGGAGGAGCUUCUGCUCGUUAAUGGAUGUGUGUAAAGACGCUAAACUAACAGUGUCGGAAAACCGUGAAACCUUCAUCGUGGCUCUUAUCUGAAAAUAUUUUGUCUGAGAAACGCUUACUGUGGACUAUAAAAAUGUGGAUUCUACGGUCUGUUCCCCUCCUAUUGUGCUGUUUACUGUGUGAAGCUGGAGACGAGACGGUCACACUGCAGGAACUGGAAGGAACCACUAUAACUCUUAAUCCUGGGAUAACUGGGAUUCAGAGUAAUGCUCAGAUUCUGUGGAGGUAUGGACCUGAGAAAGAGGAUAAAACGAUAUUGAACAGUUAUAUGCAUGGAGGAGUAAUUUUUACGAACAUCAGUGAGGGAUUCAAAGAGCGACUGCAGCUGGACAGAAACAGUGGAGCUUUAACCAUCAGGAACAUCAGCAGAACUGAUUCUGGAGUUUAUACAUUCCACACCCUCAAUGGACGUGUCUCAUCUAGGACUUUCAGUGUCAGUGUUUAUGCUCCAGUAUCAACUCCAGUAAUAAUAAAUGAAAGAGGAAAGCGAAGUGUGAUUUCCACAGAGACAUGUUUCCUCCUGUGUUCUGUGGAGAAUGGAGAAGAUGUGAAGUUAUCCUGGUACAGAGAGAAGGAGAGAAUCUCCAUCACCAAUAACACAGAUCUCAGUGUUCCCCUCAAGCUCCCACUUCAAAUACAACACAAUGACACUAACACUUACAUCUGUGUGUCUGCAAACCCUGUCAGCAAUAAAACAACUUCUCUCAUCAUCACACAGCUCUGUGACGUCUCAGAUGAUUCUUCCUCUUCACUGCUUAUUGCUCUGAUAUCUGUUGGAUGUAUUCUGUUAUUUAUUAUGAUAAUAUCUUUGGGGAUUUGGCUGAAAAAGAAAAAAACACAAGAAAAACCUGAGAAACCGACUUCCUCUGAUGUAAAUAGUACAGCUCACAGUUCAGAGAGAGAUAAAGAGGAAGAAAACUCCACAGUAACGGAUGUUGAUGUAGACAGAGACCCUGUGGUGUAUUCAGACGUGAGGAGAUCCAAAUAAUACAACACAUCACAUAAUAUAUCCUUAUUAUAUCAUUUCUUUUACAUACUUCUGUUCACAAAUCUCCACAGUUUGUGUUUCAUGUUCCACAUUUUCAGUGUGUAGAUUCUUUACAAUACCAUUAAAGCGUGAACUUGGUUGUGUUUUCCAUCUUUUAGUGAGUAUUUGAGUCGAGAGCUUGAUGUGAUUACAGGAAGUAGAUUUCAGAGUCGUUAACUGAGUCGUGUCUGAACGAGUAUUUCUGUUUGUCUCGUCGCAUUCUAUUUACAAACUCAUUAAUCCCUUUGAACUGAGCUGAGAAACCCUGUAGCAGUUAGGACGUGUCUUCAGGGAUCUGAGUCUAAUAGCUUCACAUUUACAUGCUCUGACUAGCGGCAUUAAAGUGAACAAAGACCC